CUGACCUGUUGUCCACUUCUUUCCAAACCUUUUCCCACCAUAAGUUAUUUCAUAUUAAUGAAGGGCCGGCCAGAUAAGUAUUACCCUCUUUGGCAGACUGAUGUGUAGCCACAUUAUGUGCUGAAGACAGAGAAAUCAGUUGUAUAAUUCAACAUUAUUUUAUGACAGCAUACAUUGUAUUUGUAUAAUACUGAAUUUAUCAUUUUCUCAUUCCUCUCAUUGGAGAUGACAACUUCCAAGAAAAUGACCUCGGUGGCAAAUGUCUUGAUAGUCUUGGGAAUCCAGGGUCAAUCUGGAAUCAUGCUCACAACAGUUACAUAGACCAGAGGCUUGGAUGUAAGAAGCUAUUCGACCAGAUGACCGUCAGCAUCGUUGAAGUUGACAAUGUCUCCUGUAUGUAUCCAAUGAUUACAGCGGUGGCCAGAUCUCUUGCAGGAUGAAUAGCGACGUUGACAGUGCAGCACAAUGCAGAGUGGAUGCGUUGCUGUGCAGUGUGUCCUCGGAUAUGAACCUGACAAGAAGCCCUAUCUGCAAGUCCCUCAUGCAGAAAGGCGACAACUCGCUACAGGUGAAUGUAAGCAGAAAUACAACUAUGAACUCCAAGUUGGGAGGGUUGCGGAGAUAUCAGGGGGCAAGUCGCCAUGUAAAACCAUCUUUCUCACCCAUCUACCCACAUAUGAGGAGUCCAGCACUGCUGAACAGAGUCUUAUAGACAUCCUACAGCAGGUUUUCCAGCUGGCCAACUUAAAGAAAUUGCGCUUCCUGGCAAUCCCUGCCUUGGGGACGGGCUACCUAAACUACCCCAACACUAUAACUGCACGUUGCAUGUAUGACGCAGUGCUGGACUGGGCUGCUAAAAACCCAAAGGCUUCACUGAAAAUCGUCCGGUUUGUGAUAUAUAACAAGGACACAGAAGCACAGCAGGCUUACAGCAUCUGUCACCUGCGUUGCCAGGGUCGUGAGGCGAGACUUCAGCGACAUUUCCUCAGUGACGGGACAGUGAUUGCCACACCAAAUUCUGGAGCCAAAUAUAGGAUGGUUAAAGAUGGAUGUGUGCUGGUGCCAAUACAGCUUAACGUCAGCAUUGGAGACAUACUGACAACGAAGGCAGAAGCCAUUGUGAAUGGGGUUGGUUCUGGGUUCGAGAUGAAUGGAGUCAUUGCUCAAGCUUUGCUCAAGAAAUGCCCUAACAUCCUGCCUGAAUGCCAGCAGAAGAAGGAUGAUCUGAAAAAGAAUGGAGUUGAGAUGACCAAAGUGGAAGGUCUGUCUGCUUCCUGUGUGAUCCAUGUGAUGUGGCAGGUCUCGCUCUCUAACUGGAGGUCAAAGAUGACUGCCUGUCUGAAGAAGGCUCAUAAACACAGCCUCAAGAGUGUGGCCUUCCCAGUGUUGGGUUCAGACAACAUGGUAGAUCCGAGAAUCCUUGCACCUGGGGUUUUGUCUCAAGCUGAACUAAGUCAAACAAAGAGUUAUGGCCCAUUCAUUAGCAAAAAUUGGCAUUUCUCGACUUGAGUCACUCAAAUCUCCAAUACUGAAUAAACAGAUGACAUGAAAGUUUAAGGGAAUGUUGUUGGGGUGAUGAAGUUGUGUACCUGGGGUUUUAACCUUGGACAAACAAGAAGUCAUAGUUGCAUAAUCCUUUAAUACCAGGCUAUUUUGACCAAUUUCAGUUAAUUGGAAUUUUUCAUUGCUCUAAAAGAGAUCAACAUAUUUAUUAUACCCCCACAAACGAAGUUUGAGGGGGUAUAUAGGAGUGAGCUUGUCGGUCGGUCUGUCUGUCGGUCGGUCGGUCUGUCGGUUUUCAUGGUUUCCGGACGAUAACUCAUGAAAGGCUUGACAGAUUUAAAAAAAAAUUGGUACACAGGUGUAACAUCAGAAGAUACAGGUCAAGUUCGAUAUUGGGGCCGGUGGGGC